GCCCAGUUCAAAUGGUUUUUCUUUUUUCUUGCUAUGUAGUGGAACUUUUCUGCAAAUAGACACACUGACGAGUCCCAUCAUGGGAGAUAACGGAGCGGUAUCCUCAGGCGAGACCGAAGCGUACACCUUACCGCGCGGGGAACAAGAAAAAGAAAGACUCGAAACCCAACAUUCACUCCUUGUAUCUAUAGCAGGAGGGUUAAUUCACGAAUCGGUCCCAAAAUCCGAGAUUCAACGAGUUGCGGACAUUGCCGCUGGAACUGGGAUCUGGCUGUUCGAUGUCGCCAGGGAAUUGAAUAACCCCAAUAAUCGAUAUGAUGGCUUCGAUAUCUCGGACCUACAGUUCCCCUCUGAAGUCCCCAUGGGCCUGGGGUCAAUUAAUUUCACGGUUCAUGAUAUGACCAAAUGCUUUCCUGAAGAGUAUUAUGGGAAAUAUGAUCUUGUGAAUGUUCGAUUUGUAGUGCAGGCUUUGAAAGGUGUUUUGGUCCCGACGGUCAUUUCUCAUCUAAUGGAACUUCUCCGAUCGGGCGGUUAUCUUCAAUGGCAUGAUGCUCAAUGGGAUGAUUUCAGAGCCAUCCCUCCUAAUGAAGAUAUAGACUAUGUUAAUGGCAUUUUCAUUAACCAUAUGAAGGCAUAUGGUCUAUCUGGAAGGCUCCCAGAACAAGUUGAAUACGGUAUGAAGGAGAUCGGAUUCGAAGAUGUGGUAUCAAAAUGGGUACACACAAACGAGACUGAAUUUCAACCGAGAAUAAAUCUUCAGACUCGAACUGGCGCAUUGGCGACGAUGCCAAAAGCUCUGGAGACCUUGGCUUUGCAGGAGGGAAAGCCAGUAGAUGCCGCUGCCAUCAGAGAAAAGGUCAAGGAGGUUGAAGGUCGGAUCGAUAGAGCAAACAGGAAUGGCCAUAAUUGGGAUCUUGCGUAUGUGGUAGUCGUGGGAAGAAAGCCCACUCAUGAUGCCUGAAAGCUGGGGAUCAUGAUGGAAUAUUAACUAUGAAGCUCUCUUCUCUUAACCGAUUACGGAGUAGCUAGCGAAGAUAGAUGAUGGAUGUAUGUAUGGAUGUAUGUAUAUCUCGACCAUGAGUUGGAUGUAUUCCCAAGACGGCUAGCGCGGAUGACACAAUCGACCUGGC